AUGGCGGCGGCGGUGAAAACCGCGGUGGCACCCGCAGUUCUGUGCACUCAUGGGAUCCCAGGGCGGAACGGAGAGCACAGACACCAGGAGGUGGACUCUUUCCCUGCGUCCCAAGUGCCCAGAAAAGUGGAAUGUAUCACAAGAACAUGCAUUAAAAAAACAUCUAGCCGGUUGUUGGCUCGGGCUGAGAUAAAAGCUGCUGGCAAGGGGGAUGUUCCCACCAAGUGGCCACCUAUCCUUCGAGCAGGGGUUAAUACUGCCACCACUUUGGUGGAGAACAAGAAGGCUCACCUGAUAGUGAUUGCACAUGAUGUGGAUCUCAUCAGGCCAGCUGUCUUCCUGCCUGCCCUGUGCCAUAAAUGGGGUUUCCCUAUUAUCAAGGGGAGGGCCAGGCUGGAGCGUCUAGUCCACAGGAAGACCUGCACCACCGUUGCCUUCACACAGGUUAACUCGGAAGACAAAGGACCGCUGGCUAAGCUGCUGGAAGCUAUCUGUACCAAUUACAACGAUAGAUACGAUGAGAUCCGACGUCAAUGGGGAGGCAACGUCCUGGGCCCCAAGCUGGUGGCUCGCACUGCCAAGCUGGAAACAGCAAAGGCUAAAGAACUGGCCACCAAGCUGGGCUGA